AAACGACCGUUGGACGGCGCCAAUCUGUCUGCGAUCCGCCGGAUGACGCGACGUCAUCCGGUUCCUGCAAAUACACUAAAUGGCCGCUAGAUGCAGUCAAAACCGCUUAUUUGUUUCCCCUGCGUGGUCUCGGGGAAAACACGUACGGAUUUGACUCCAAAACAUUCAUGUCAUGCAAAACAUCCUGGCAAAUAUUUGCCACGGUUCCCAAAUUCACAAGUUCCAAUAUUUUCCAUGAAAAUUAAUCACGUUGAAAUUUUCUUUUCUUCUCUACUUGUUCAAUCCUUUGUCACACUUUCCCAACAUCAAAUAUUGCACUCAUUUCAGAUAUAAUAAGAUAGAUCUAACGUUUUUUUUUUCACAUUCCCCAAAAUCUCACAUUUUUAAAAGCAAAAAAAAAAAAAACGAACACCAUUUUCUUACCUUAUUCCACAUGUUCGAAGCCAAAUUCCCAAGUUAUUAUGAUUACAUACAUAUAAUGAGUCUGAACUGCUAUUAUCGUUAUGAAGUGGAAUUAAUAACCAGUCUAGCCAUGAAAGAUUUGUGUUGGCAUGUCUGCUAAAUUAAAUGAUACAUUACAAGGAACAAAGGUUAAAAUGUAGGUACCAAGCGGAGGUCGGCGUGUUUUAUACAUAUUGUAGUUUGGUUCUUUUAUAUGUACAUGUAUAUACGUUAUAAUUUUCUCUUCGACUGUAUUUGCUGCUCCCUCGACUCUUGUUUCGAGUGGAUGAAGAAGCCACCGCGAGCUUUUUCAGACAAGUUGCCACUCGCAGUGGAGGCGCGGCGAGGCCAACGGGGCGCGUGUGCGCCGGCAGGCCGACGGCGGCGGGGGGGAUUCCGGGGUGAAGGGCUCCGUCGUUCCCCGGCGGCCGCCUCACGCCUCCAGCGUGUGCCUCCGCGCAUUCCACAGGCUGCUGGUACAAACAAAUAGUGCCCCGCACACACGCAUGCAAAAGAGCGCCGCCCCGGGUUCACUCGACCGUUUAUCGCGUCAAAUAAAGUCGUAAAGCGGCGUUGUAUGACACACUAAUCCAAAUUUAGGACUGGUAUUAAAUGAGGUGAAGUGUUGCAGUUAGUGGGGGGGGGAAUGGGGGGGGGGUUACUCGCCGCUGCCGUUGACUGAUACAGGAAACGACAAGAGUCACGCUCGACCCCGACGGAACGACCGUGUAACAGUUUUGCCUUCAAAAUAAAACAUGACGCACUGCCAUCCUAUUGGUUUCAAGGCAACGGGAACCACUUUUGUUUUAGUUUGAAAGUCGCUAAACGGAAUUGGAUAACCCUUUCAUGGUGGACUUGACUGUUUAAAAAAAAAAAAAGAAAAGAAGAAGAGGGGGAGGCAAGUCAUUAUUUAGGGGAAGAAAGAAAGAAAGAAAGUUGUCGACCGUGCAAUACGCGCAGGGAGGGAUUUUAUGUCGGAGACCAGUCGGUUUUCCUUCCGUUUCCCGAACUCCUCCGCAACCGGACAAGCGCGAAGCGAUCGCUGCGUUCCGCGAGGGAGGACGAGGAGUGACUUUUGUUUUUAUUCCUGGGAUGAAUGGCAGGAGUCGGGGUGAGUCGUGCACGGACGGAUCGGUCGCCUUGACUGUCCCUUCUUUUACUUUCUUGCAAAGCCAAUGAGAGGAAGCGCACUUUCCCAGCAGACUGAGCCGAAAGCUGAUCGAAGCAAGACUUUGGUGGGGGUCGGGGGGGGGGGGGGGGGCGAUGCAGAUGCGGAGCCACGCGAGGGUCCACAAAAGAGGCCCUCCGCCGUUCCAAAUGUCCCGCAUGUGUUCUGCUUCUGACUAGUCCGGUGGAUCCGAUCUGCGCCUGUCGGUUGUCCACACGAUGGCCAAGCAGUGAGGAUAAAGUCAUGGCAGGAGUCCUCUGAUUUAUUUUGCUCUUUAUCUUCUGCUGGAAAUCAUUUGACGGUGCUCAUUUUUUUUUUUUUUUUGGAGCUGCGUGCGUAUUAAGAUUUUAGAACGGCAGGGGGAUAAAAAAAAAAAAAAAGCCUCGUUCUUCAUGGAUCGACCCAUAAGCAAGUUGCUGGAAAAACUGAAGCUGACCGACUCAGGCAGCGUCAAGUUCAACAGCUCCAAGAAGAAGCACGACCCAGCCGGGAACACCAACAACAGCAACGGGAACGGCGGCGCUGGUGGUCCCAGUCUGGGAAUGUCCCCCUCCCAGCUUCCUCAGUCUUCCUCCGUGCAGCCGGACGCAGACCAAUCGCCUCACCCUUCCACGUUGGCCCCGCUUAGGCGGCGGUCCCCUCAGCAGAGGGCCUCAUGUUACCUGGGCGAAGGCCUGGAUUCCCACCUGAGGCGGGAGUCCGGCCCGGGCCCCGAGUGCGACUUUGCGGGCCACAAAGCGUCCCUGAACCAGCGCCGCUACUCCCUGGAGCUCCAGCAGCUGGUCCGGAGGCAGCAGCUCCUGUCCCAACCGCCGCCGCCGCCGUACCCCACCGCCGCCGCCGCCGGGUACGGGUCGGCUCCCAGGGGCACGGCCGAGACGGGCUACUUGUCGGAACCCGAGAGGCACAAGCGGCUUUCGCUCCAGGAGGCUCUGUUCUACAAACGGCUGAGCGCGGGGAGCGAACUGUGGGAGAACCCGAGACCCGCGUCCCUGUCUCACCCGCCCCACCGUCCGGCUGACUGUUUCUUCUACCCGCCGGGGCCCGCCCUGAGUCCGUGCUCAUCCUUCAGCCUCCAGGAGUCCGUGUUGGUCAGCCCCCGGUCCAGCUUCGCCUCGAGCACGGCCAGCGGAGGCGGAGGGGGCGGCGGCAGCCCCAUGGGGAGCCGCUGCAGCAGCAACCGGACCAGCGGAAUCAGCCUGGGCUACGAUUCUCGGUACUCCAUCCCGCCGCCGCCGCAGCAGCAGCAGCAGCAGCACCAGCACCAGCAGACCGCUUCCUUGCAGACGGGGCCGGCGUACGGAAGGACCCCCGUCGAGGCCUGGACUCAAUACCUGGACGGGGGGCCGCGUCAGGAGGCGUACGACAGCCGGCACUCCUAUCCGCCGGCGGUCGGAAGCCCGGCCGCCGCGUGCUACCAGGCGGGCCCGGAGUGGUGGGACGAGCAGAGGUCGGCGGCGAGAGGCAAAGACGUGCCGGGCGAGAAGAGCCGCCACUCGGACCUGCCCGGCACGCGCUACCAGGAAGAGCUGACCCGCCUUCUUCUGAGGGACGCGGCUCUCGAGUGCGGGGGUCUCCUGGAGGGGCUGAUGCUGAAAGAUCAGUCCGCGGGGCUCACCGCUCUGUCCAAAGCCAGCGCGACGCCCGGCGGGUCCCCGCUCAAAGCUCAGGAGGACCUCGGGCCCGGCGCUGCGGAAAACCGUCAGGAAUUCUUUGGAACCUGCAUCAAGUGCGGCAAAGGGGUGUACGGCGCGGACAACGCCUGCCAGGCUCUGGACAGCCUUUACCACACGCGCUGCUUCACGUGCGUCUCCUGCGGACGCGCCUUGAGGAACAAGGACUUCUACAACGUCAGCGGCUCCGUGUACUGCAAAGAAGAUUACAUGUUUUCGGGAUUCCAGGCAGCCGCCGAGAAGUGCAGCGUGUGCGGCCACCUCAUUCUGGAACAGAUCUUGCAGGCGCUGGGGAACUCGUACCAUCCCGGCUGCUUCCGCUGCGUGGUGUGCGCCAAGGCCUUGGACGGGGUGCCGUUCACCGUGGACCAGCACAGCAACGUCUACUGCGUGGCCGACUACAACAAGACUUUUGCCCCCAAGUGUGCAGCCUGCUUGCAGCCCAUCUUGCCCACCGAGGGCAGCGAGGAGAUCCUCAGGGUCGUGUCCAUGAACAAGGACUACCAUUUUGAGUGCUACCACUGUGAGGAGUGCGGCAAGCAGCUCUCCGAUAAGCCCGGCUGGCAGUGCUUCCCGCUGGACUCUCAUCUGCUCUGCCACCCGUGUCACAUGAGCCGAGUGUGCAACGCCGCCGCCGCCGCGCACAACUGAGCACGACGACGAGCGCCU